GUGAACUAAACUUGAGUGUUCAAGUGACUUGCAGGCAGCCUUGCAGAAACUUGUUUUGAUUGAACAGCAGAAGGUCUGAACUGUCGUUUAUCCUUUCCCAGUGUGUUGUGAGACAAUUUUGGCUGUCUCAUGCAGACAGUAUUCUAGCAUGUAAACUGCAUCCCACUCACUUGGAAGUAAAUUUUAGAAGGGCUGAAUAGGGGAGAUAAAUCCUAUGGGAAAUUAAAUCACAUAUCCUUUCAGAAACUCCUGUUAAAUGAGUGUAAACUUAAACCUGAAAGUUUCCUAUAUAUUGAGCAAAAGACCCCCUCACGAGCUGUAUGAAGAACCAGUAAAAGGAAAAUUAUCAAGGAAGGUGUACUCUUGCUAUCAUGGAUCAGUUUGGAGACAUAUCAGAAGGCGAAGUGGACCAUUCUUUUUUUGACAGUGACUUUGAAGAAGCAAAGAAAUGUGAAAGUAACUUAUUUUUUGACAAGCAAAAUGAUGACCUAAAGGAGAGAAUAAAUAGGGAUGCUGAAAAUUUAGACUUGAAAUUAGGGUUACAAAAUGAUGAGCUUAAGGAGAGAAUAGAUAAGGAUGAAGAAAAUCUAAAUAAAUUUGGAAAGCGAGCAAAGGAAAAUUAUCUUAUGGAGAAAGGAAAUGAAAGAAAAUCAAAAAUUCCUUCAGAGGAACACUCUGUAGAGAGUACUACUCAAACCAGAACUUCUUCAAGAUCAAAAAAAACAUGUGAUGCUGCUGCAGGACAGAAAAUGCACUUGCACAUUCCAAGUAGAAUUCCUAAGAUUGUCAAAGAAUGUGAGGAAGAUUACCAUACUGAUGGGGAGGAAAGCAGUGAUGAUGGGAGAAAGCAUCAUGUGAGGUCCAAGUCUGCUAAGCCAUCUAAUAACUUUAAAAAAAGUUUAAGUAAAAAGUAUUCUAAAAUCAGUUUCUCCUCCUCCUCUUUGUCUUCCACAUCUUUAAGUUCAGGUUCAGACUGUUCAGAUAGGGGACCUGACAUCCCGAAAGCUGAUUCAUGUUCAUCAAGGAAACAAAAAUCUGGAGUAAGCCUUUUAUCACCAAAACAGAAAUAUAAAUCAGGAAUAAAAUCAAUAGGAACUCAGCCUACCAAUGCUAAAACAAAAACUGGUGUCUAUACUGAAGAAUCUGAAGACACUGUGACAGAUGUAACUCCUUUGUCAACUCCAGACAUCAGCCCUGUGCAGUCUUUUGAACUGGGCACGUCAUAUGACCAAAAAGUAGUAAAAGCUAAAAGGCAAGAAAAUGUGAGUCAGGAUGUAUGUGAAGAUAUUGAGGUUUUAAAAAAUGAUUCAAAAUCUUUGAAAUCAGCCAAAAAAGGGAAAGAAAAGCAUGGGCCAAAUGUUACUCCUAAGCCAUCAGUGUUAGAGUCAAAUUUAGACCACAGAUCUAAACAAAAAGUUGUACAUGACACAAUGGACCUUAAUCAUCUUCUGAAAGCUUUUCUGCAAUUAGAUAAAAAGGGACCACAAAAGCAUCACUUUGAGCAGCCUCCAGUAGUGCCUAGGAAAAACUACUCUUUUACAAGAGAAGAGGUGAGACAGAUUGAUCGGGAAAAUCAGAGGCUUUUGAAAGAACUGUCAAGACAGGCUGAAAAACCAGGAAACAAAAGUACAAUUCCCAGAAGACCGAUUAGUCAUCCUCCUAAGUUAUACCAUAGUGCUCUCAACCGACAGAAGGAACAACAGAGGAUUGAAAGAGAGAAUUUGGCUUUCUUGAAAAGACUUGAAGCUGUGAAACCAACAGUUGGUAUGAAACGCUCAGAACAGCUGAUGGACUAUCAUCGAAAUAUAGGUUAUCUCAACCCAUCACCAUCGAGACGAGUGAGAUCUACUCUUGGCCAAUAUAGCCCAUUCCGAGGAGCUUCCAGGACAUCCAGUGCUACCAGUGGUCUCAGUUGUAAGACCGAUGGAUCCCUUCUGGACACGUCUAGUAGCCUGUUGCUAAGACCUAAACCCCCAAAUGUUCGUACUGCUUGGUUAUAAAACCUUUCUUACCUUUAUACAUUGCUUCAUCCAAUUUCAUUGAUGUGCUCUUGUUGUAUAUUACUGUAUCUGUCCUUGUAAACACCUAUAAUAUGUUUCCAAUAAUUUAUACAACAGUGAAUAUAAUUUAUCAUUGUUCAUUGCAAAAUUAUUGUCUUAACAGAUAAUCUGCUGUAAGGUCAGUGUUUCCUAUGAUGGCAUAUUUCUAUGAGAGAUUUAUACUUAACAGAAAUGGUAGUAUGCAUGAAUAUUCAGCAUAGAAAUUGAUUCAGCUGUCAUUGCUAACAAGAUAGGUGUGUGUCAAACCCAAGAUGUUUGCUGUAUGGUUUUCAUAUUGUUUUUAUUUCUUGUAAGCUUUAAACCAUUAGUUUACCUUCUAAGUUUGAGUGGCUUGUCUUUCCUUUGCUUUAGAACCUCUGUGGCAUGAGUCAUACCUGAUUGUAUGAGUGUUACUUAACACUUCUUACAUUAUGAAGUUUAUUCUUCUGUGUAGAGUUGAUUACACUUUGAUAAGCUUGAGAACAGCAAUCCUUGUGAUUCACCAGAGGUGCCUAGUACUUCUGUAAGAGGCCUAACAGUUUUGAUUGUCCAUUCCAAACCUUUUUAUACUGAAUAAUAUAAAGUUCAAUUUAAAAGCUCUUCUUUGGGGUUUUCGUACAUUCGGGCAAAGUACUGUGAAGGAUUCUGAGAAAAAUAGGCAGGCUUCAGAGAUACAGUCUACUGCCUUGUCUGUCUUCCAGACCAGAUCAGCUGCAUCAUAAACAGACACCAGUAUUUGUUGAAUCAGUAAAUAGCACUAGCAAUUUGACUGUUAGAACAGUGUUUUAAGUGAUUUUACUGUUCGCUUGUUGUGCUAGGAUUUAGUAUAUUGUAUUAAGAGGCUUAGUGUAACAAAGAAAAACUUUAGAAAUAUCAACUAAUGUUUAUAGGGUAUUGUAAAGAAAACUAAAAUACCAACAAUAAGAAAAUUUAAAUCACAAAUUGGUUGAGGCUACUGCUUUAAAUAUUAGUGAAUUUUCUUGGUUUGAUGUAUUUGAUUUGGUUGAAUCCUGGAAGUAUCAUUUUUUACUAGUAAUGUGGCCUAAUGUGAUUUAAAGGCCUAGUAAACGUGAAGGAAUUGUUAGUGUCAAGAUGGGGUGUGACUUUUGAAACCGAUAUUUUUCUGUCAGUUUUUAGACUUAUUUCAUAGUUCCCACUGUUUUUCGUUAGUGUGUGUUUUGGUAUACAUGUAGGUUGUAUAAAAAUAUUUGCAUAUUCAAUGACAAAUCUUUUUUUAAGUAUGAAUUUUCUGUAGCUACAAUAAAAUUUGGUUUUUGUUUUUCAAUGUUCAAGCCCUGUAAUGUGUAUACUACACAUUUUACUAAACAUCAUUUCAUAAGUUGCUGGUCUUAGUUUGUUGUAAUCGAGUUUGUUAAUGUAGGGCAGUGAAACUUAGGAAUAGUAGGGUAAAAAAUUUCAUGGCUUUUUUUUUUUUUUUCUGCUUUCUUUGGGCUAUAAUGUUCUUUGACACUUGCUUCUGGUGAAGAAGUUUUUAUACCUGCUUCCUCUAUAAACUUUAUGAUACAAACCAAAGUUUUGUUUUCUUAACUUACUGCAGUUUUAGUUUUGGUGUAACAACUUAAAUUUAAGACCUCAGCAUUUGGACAUUUGCCCAAUAGUAAAUUAGUCACAUUGAAAAAAUUGAUGUGUAUUUGAGAAAAAUAUGUAUAAAAUCUUUUGUGUUUGUACUAGCAUUGCCUGAGUUCAUUUUAUAUGUUCUUUGCUGCCAAGAAUCAGAAAAUGACACCUUCAUUCAGAAAGCUAUACUAUGCAUGAGUUCAACUUGAAGUAAAAAGUGGAAAGAGCAGCCAUCUUUUCUAAACAAAGUUUACAGUUGUCAUAGUUCCUUAUAUGUGAUGAGCAGAAUUGAAGAGAGGAGUUAGAAACCAAACAUUCUUUGAUAGAUAAGUCAAGGUGCUACUGUUUAAGGGGCAUUUUUAGUGGCAGUGUCGAGUAUAUUGCUCUCUUCAUUUUCAGGAACAUAAAAAAGUAGAUGAUUGGCACUAUUGCUCAUUUGCUGAUAUACUUAAUAUACAUUAUGCACACUUGAAGAUUUAUUUAUAUCUAGUAAGUAUUCUAGCCCGAGGUCUAGUUAUUCUUAUUGAGAAUUAUUUUCAUCUCUGCCCAAUGUUAAAACUAUUACUGCUUCCCUUUUAAAUGAAUUUCUGCAAAAGGUGUCAUGUUAAAAUUAUUUCUUACGGAGUAGCUAUUAACUCUUACUUCCCUUGCUUUUUCAAUUACUUUAAAAGGCUGCUUUCUUGGCAACUAUUUCAAAUAAAAGUUUUCUGGUUUGUUUCUACAUGUACCAUCAUGCAUUUGUUUCCAGCCCUUUAACCCAGGUACCUGAAAUGGGAAUAUAGAUAGCUUUAAAAUAUGAUUGAAAUAGAAAUGAUUAUAUGCAUCUCAUCUUCAAAUUCAAGUCCACUAACCAAAAUGUGUGGACAAAACUGAACGUAUGAAGACAAAACUGAAUGUGUGACGACAUUCACUGUAUUUUAAUCAUUAAAUUUGUUUAAACUUUAA